AUGGAGCCGGCUCGGCUCCGCCGAGAGAUCAGGGCAAAGUAUGAAUCGCUCAUCACCCGAAAUCAGAUAAAGACCGUCAGCUCAGCAAGGACGCAGUUAGAAGAAGGUACAAGUAAAAGAAUGGACAAAGAUGCAGAAGCACUAAAGGCAGCCAGAGCAGAACUGUGUGAAGCCCGACGGCAGUGGCACCACAUGCAGAUCGAAAUCGAGUCUCUCCACGCUGUGGAAAAGGGUUUGGAACGUUCACUGCGGGCCACGGAGCAGCAGUACCACAUGCAGCUACAAAAUCUGGAAGGUGAGAUUGAAUGCUUGGAGAAAGAGUUGUUGGAAGUGAGAAGGGGAAUUGAGAAACAGCUUCGAGAACACGAAAUUCUCCUGAACACGAGGAUGAAGCUGGAGGAGGAAAUAGCGACAUAUCGCAGUCUGUUGGAGCAAGAAGAGAGCAGGUUCCAUUGCUCAAUACCUGCCCAGAAGGAUGACAAAAAGCCCAGCACUAGCAAGAUCACCUUUACACUGCCUUCAGAGGGUGCAAAGAAGCACAAACCAAAGAAGGUGGAACUGAUGACAAAACAAGCAAUCCUAGAUGGAAAUAUCAUGAAGGAAAGUGCUGAAGCUCAUGGCACUGUACAGACAGAAAAAGUGGAUGAAGUUAUUAAGGAAUGGGAAGGUUCUUUCUUUAAGGACAACCCUCGCUUAAGGAAAAAAUCUGUUUCCUUGCGUUUUGAUCUCCACCUGGCAGCCACAGAGGACGGGUGUUUGCACACAAAAAAGAAAACCCUCCCCGACAUUGAAGUCAGGCUGGUGAUGAGGAGAUCCUGCAGCAUCCCAUCCAUCAAACCUUAA